AUGCUCGCAGAGUCCAAUGGCAGUCCGUAUGCCGGAGAUACCCCCAAGCUCCGAACUGCCUGUGAAAAUUGCAGACAGUCCAAGGUGAAAUGCAACCUUUCCGGCAAAAGUGUCUGUACACGGUGCCUGCGCCACGGGCUACAGUGUCAAUACGGAUACGCCAAUCGGUCCGGAAAACCCAAGGGCAGCAAAAACCGGGCUACACUACGCAAACUAGGUCAACUACAGGAAGAGAAGCCAGCCAUGCGUGGAUUUCGCAAUAGUCGGCUGGUGGCCCCGGUGGCCAAUAUGGAACCUCUGGGCAACAACUAUGGAAGUCACAUACCCGACCCGGCACUCGACGAAGAUGUCUGUUUGAUUUCAAACCAAGCCGGCUUCUGGGAAAGUCCCCAGAGCUUUGUCAAUACUGCUACGCUAGAGUCCUCCGUCUGUCCGGGGCAACUGACUGCAGUUGAAAGCUCGCCCUUCACCGAUCUCCCGGACUCGUGCUCUGCUCUUCCAUCCGGGAUAGGGUAUCCAAAUACGCCGGUGACGCCGACCUUCCUGUCCGGCGAAACACUGCCAGAGGGACUAGCCAGCCCGUCACUAGCUGGCUCUGUGGCAUCGCCAUAUCCGCUCUCGCCAUGCGAGUGCAUAGACAUGCAGCUGUUCCACAUGAAUCGACUGAAUCAUCUGCUUGGUGAUUCCCUACCGCUACGCCUCGAUCACAGUCUGCAGUCAAUCAAAUGCACGUUCCUGGCCUGUCAGAUGUUUUUACAAUGUAAUAAGUGUGCCAAAGACACACCCAAUCUGCUGCUGGCCAUUUCGGUGCUCAAUCUCACUCUUCAGCUAUUUGAGUACUGGGUUUCGAGGGAAACAUCGCGCGCCCCACGGCUAGAGCACGGUGUCGACAUCCGCUACGGAUAUUAUGAGAUCUGUCACGAGGAGAACAGACAAAUCCGCAAUUUCUUGAUUCGAGGCUUACUGCUGCAGUGCAGAGAAGUCUUACUCGCUCUCAAGAGUAUUGCUGAUGCUCAAGUCCCCAAGUUGGGAGAACAUGAAGGGCUAGACUCUAAGGGUAUGGAAGACCAUGCCAAUCAGCACUGGACUCAAUCAGAUCAUGUCGGCAUGGUCCCAGGGCUGGACGCGGAGCUUCCAAACGGCCUACCCAGUAGCGAGGGACUUCUUUCCAUCAUCGCUGGCUAUGAAGCCACUGUGACGGCCUUUCUGCAGUCGACUUCAUGGGGGGAGUGUAUUUGCGGGUCGGGACGGGGGAUGCAUGAUGAAUCUAUUUGA